CCCGCUCCAGUCACCACACCGUCACCGAUGCCGAACCCCGUCGCAUCGACACUCACUCCCUCGCAGUCGAACAAGCUAUUCGAUGUCGCGAACCUCAAGGACGACGGCUCGAACUUCCCCAUGUGGAAGUUCCGGCUCCAGAUGAUCCUGGAGUCACGCGAGCUCUGGGCGACCGUCAAUCGCACCGAGCCGCAGCCG